AUGGACAAAGUAGGAAUCGGUGGCCUCGGCAACGUCCUCGGUGACACCCUCAAGGGCACAACUGGGACUCUGGGUGACGCGACAAAGGGCGUCGGCAACGUGGCCAAAGAUACCACUGGUGGCGUCGGAGAUACUGCACGCUCUGCUACCGGGGCGAAGCAGGAUGCUCAGAACCCGUUGGGGUUGAGCGAGUAG